CAAAAAACUAACAGUUCAUUGGAGUCUACACAUACACCCUUUAGCAAAGAUAAUUCCUUGUUAUCCUUGCCAAUAGAAACAACAAAAGUUAGACAUGAAGCAAAAUCAGAUCAAAUCAAGAAUUGGGGAGAGCCCAGUUCCUAUAAACUACUGGGCAGUUUUAUUGAAUCAGAGCUCAACAAAACAGUCACUUCCUCAUUCUUCUCCCAGUCCCACCCAAUGCCAUCUGUCUUCCAGUUCAAAACUAAGGUUUGGUGCAGUGAGAUUAAGGCCAAAAAUAACAGACACUGUGAAGGGCAAACUGAUCCUUGGGACAAAACUUCUCCAAGCAGGUGGCGUCGAAAAGGUGUUCAACAAGAAAUUCAGUGCUAAAGAAGGGGAAAAGCUGUUGAAGGCGUCUCAAUGUUAUUUAUCAACAACAUCUGGUCCAAUUCCUGGCCUACUCUUUGUUUCUACUCACAAACUUGCCUUCCUUAGUGAGAGAUCAAUCAAAAUCCCUUCUUCAACUGGAAAGUCCAUGAGAAUACAUUACAAGGUAUCAAUCCCAAUUGCAAAAAUUAAGAGAGCAAAUGAAAGUGAGAAUUUGAAGAAUCCAUCAGAGAAGUACAUACAAGUAGUCACAGAAGAUCAUUUUGAGUUCUGGUUUAUGUGGUUCCCACAUCAUCAAAGAACCUUGAAAUAUCUCCAGAAUGCAAUUUCUCAAUCUCAGUAUCUUUAGAGAUAUUCUUUAGAAUCAAGCAUAAAAAUGUACCUAGCUAGCUUGUAAGUUGUAAAAUGUGGACAAAGUUUUAGAAGAAGUCAAAAGCCUGUAUAUACGAUUGACUGAUUUUCAAAGUACUUGAAAUCUCCCUAUUGAAAAUUUAUAUUUAGUA